AUGGGGACGCGCUCCGGAGACCUGGCUCAGCCCCAGAAUGGGAGCCUGGCUCCCACCCCCACCGGCCCCCCCUGUCCCCCCGGGAAGGAGCAGCCUGCGGAGGGCAGGGUGAUCCCCACACGCCAGGACCCCAAGGAGGGCUCCAGGCCCCCCCGGCCGGAGCUGGACAUGCUCUACAAGAUCGAGGACGUGCCCCCCUGGUACCUCUGCAUCCUGCUCGGCUUCCAGCACUACCUGACCUGCUUCAGCGGCACCAUUGCUGUCCCCUUCCUGCUGGCCGAGAGCCUGUGCGUGGGCAAGGACCAGCUCACCGUCAGCUACCUCAUCGGCACCAUCUUCACCUGCGUCGGCAUCACCACCCUCAUCCAGACCACUGUGGGCAUCAGGCUGCCCCUGUUCCAGGCGAGCGCUUUGGCUUUCCUCGUCCCGGCCAAGUCCAUCCUGGCCCUGGAGAAGUGGCGCUGCCCCCCUGAAGAGCAGAUCUACGGUAACUGGGUUCUGCCUCUCAACACAUCCCACAUCUGGCAGCCCCGCAUGCGAGAGAUCCAGGGAGCCAUCGUGGUGUCCAGCCUGGUGGAGGUGGCCAUCGGGCUGCUGGGGCUGCCCGGGGCACUGCUCAGCUACAUCGGGCCGCUGACCGUCACUCCCACCGUGUCCCUCAUCGGGCUCUCGGUGUUCCAGGCAGCCGGCGAGCGGGCCGGCUCCCACUGGGGCAUCGCUGCUCUGACCAUCGUCCUGAUCGUGCUGUUCGCGCAGUACCUGCGGCACGUCCCCAUCCGCCUGCCCGGGUACCGGCGGGGCAGGGGCUUCGUGCUGCUCCGCAUCCAGGCCUUCAAGAUGUUCCCGAUCAUCAUGGCCAUCAUGGUGGUGUGGCUGCUCUGCUAUGUGCUGACUCGCACCGGCGUCUUCCCCAGCGAGCCUGAGGCCUACGGGUACAAGGCCAGGACGGAUGCAAGGGGGGAGAUCCUGUCCGUGGCACCCUGGUUCCGGGUGCCCUACCCCUGCCAGUGGGGUCUGCCCACGGUGACCUCGGCAGCAGUGCUGGGCAUGUUCAGUGCCACACUGGCAGGCAUCAUCGAGUCCAUCGGGGACUACUACUCCUGUGCCCGGCUGGCAGGAGCCCCCCCGCCCCCUGUGCAUGCCAUCAACAGGGGCAUUUUCACUGAAGGCAUCUCCUGCAUCAUCGCGGGGCUGCUGGGCACCGGCAACGGCUCCACCUCCUCCAGCCCCAACAUCGGGGUCCUGGGCAUCACAAAGGUGGGGAGCAGGAGGGUGAUCCAGUACGGGGCUGGGAUCAUGCUCCUGCUGGGCACCAUCGGGAAGUUCACAGCGCUCUUCGCCUCCCUGCCCGACCCCGUCCUCGGGGGGAUGUUCUGCACCCUGUUCGGUAUGAUCACAGCCGUCGGCCUCUCCAACCUGCAGUUUGUCGACAUGAACUCCUCCCGCAACCUCUUUGUGUUGGGCUUUGCCAUGUUCUUUGGGCUGACGCUGCCAAACUACCUGGAUUCCCACCCCAAGGCCAUUAACACAGGUGUCCCUGAGCUGGACCAGAUCCUGACGGUGCUGCUGACGACAGAGAUGUUCGUCGGGGGGCUCAUUGCCUUUGUCCUGGACAACACCAUCCCAGGGACACAGGAGGAGCGAGGGCUGGUGCAGUGGAAGGCGGGUGCACACUCGGACAGCAGCUCCAGCGCCAGCCUCCGGAGCUAUGACUUCCCCUUUGGGAUGGGUGCUGUGCGGCGCAGCCGGUGGCUCAGGCGGGUCCCCAUCUGCCCCCUGUUCACCGGGUUCAAGGCCCGGGUGAGGGGCAGCACUGCGGCCAUGGACGUGCAGGACGUGGCCGAUGGGGUCUCGGUGUGCACCAAGGUGUGAGUGAGGGGAGGGCUCACACCCCAGUGCCGGGGGAGCUGAGCCCCAUGGGUGCUGUUGGGGCACCAAAGCAGAGGCUUCCGGUGCCCAUCUCCAACACAGGAUUAGGGAAUCUCCAAGCUGCCCUUUGGGGACAGCCCAAGCUC